AUGGACAGUGGGUUAAUAAAUGCUGUCUUAUUCACUGAUUUAAAAAAGGCUUUUGAUACCAUUGAUCAUAACAUUUUACUACAGAACGGUUUCAACAAAGAAACGAUUGAUUUUUAUAGAAACUAUCUUUCUGAUCGUACUCAAAUAAUAGUUAUUAACAACAUACGAUCUGAUACUCGUAAAGUAACAUGUGGAGUUCCUCAGGGGUCUAUCUUAGGUCAACUACUGUUUUUAAUAAAUAUAAACGACCUACCUAUUAGUGAAUUGGUAUCUGAUGGGCGUUUAUUCGCUGAUGAUAUCAACUUGACUUUUGCGGACAGCAACCCUGAAAAGUUGAUUAUUGUUCUAAAUGACGACCUUAAAACUCUCCAAAACUGGCUUAACCUGAAUAAACUAAGCCUGAAUGCGAUUAAAACUAAAAGUAUGUUUAUGGCAUCCAGGCAGAAAUUAAGUACUAUUCCUGAAGAACCUAAUAUUGCUAUCUUCGGAAGAAAAAUUGAAAUAGUUAGAUCUUAUAAGUGUUUAGGUUUAAAACUGGACGAGGGUUUGACAUGGGAGCAUCAUGUUUCUACUAUAAUCCUCAAAGUCUCCAAGGUGAUUGGAGUUCUACGAAGACUAAAACCAUUGCUCCCACAGUCAACUCUUGUCAUGAUCUAUAACUCUUUAGGACAGCCAUACUUUGAUUAUUGUAGUAUUGCCUGGUAUAGCCCAGGUAAGCUGAGGGUCUUGGACAAAAGUUACAGCGAUUACAGAAUAGGAAUGCAAGAAUUAUUACUGAAUCUGAUUAUGAAAUCCGGUCAUCAGAUAUUUUAACAUCAUUGAAUUGGACCAACCUUGAAACCAGACGUACCCAACAGUUCAAAACUUUUAUGUACAAAACUGUUAAUAAUAUGGUCCCUAGUUACUUGUCUGGAAAAUUUACUUCCACGUCAAUGAUACAUGAACAUAGUUUGCGUGCAUGGAUCUAAUCAUAAACUUUUUGUACCAAGGCCCUUAACGGAAUCUUUGAAGAAAAGUUUUUCCUAUUGAGGAGCUACCCUAUGGAAUGACAUACCCGUCGAACUCACUAGAGUUCAAUCUCUCGCUGAGUUUAAAUCUAAAAUAUCUUAAUAUUUCUUUUAUAUUAGUUGCUUUGCAUGUGUAGUUUGUUACUUUUGUAAUAUAGUUUGAUACUUUUUUAUUAGUAAUUAGUCUUCUAGUAUAGGUAAACGUUUCCAUUGAAGAACACAUAACAUAACCUGUGAAAUGGACCUCGUGUUUUAAAAGUCUUCAAAGAGAUUACUAUUAUUUCAGUAAUUGCAGGAAUUACAUUUACUUCUUUUAUUCUCACUGUCAAUUACAAUUAGGAAUACGUAAAAACUCGAUCUCUUCAGGAUUUUGAACCCUUUUGAGUUAAAAUAUAUGGGGAGAUUACUUAGUUAUCCUUCUAGGUCUCGAAGCCCUCAACUGCCAACAUGCAUGACAACAUUGACAAUGAGCCAGAACUAGCAAAUAAACCUUGAGACCCUUCCAUACAUUAUUGCGAAGUUAAUGCACAUUAAUAAAACAAACUGUUACACGUCUCUCAUCGAGUUCAAUGAUAAUGAACAACGUUGAAACAACCGAACUUCUGCAUGCAAUUAUCAUGAUCCAAGUUCAACAUUGAGUUGGAGAGCUGGGGUUUCAAAUUAAGAAGCGCAGUUUGAUUCAACAUAGAAUCUAUUAGAAAGGUAUCCAAAUUUUUAUAGAGUGAUGGUAGCGUCGACCAAUUAUAUCCAAGAUUGCAGAUUUUUGUAUUCACUCUAAUUUUCAACAAUUCAGUAAAGAAUUUUAUCCCCGAGCCGACGGCGCGGAGCGCCGUGCGAGGGUGCUAAUUCCCCCCGGCUAUUUACACGCAGGGAAACGAAAGCAUUAGCGAAGUCUAAAGUUCAUCAAAUAUCGCGGGCGUGGGUUACGGGGCGUGGUCGUCAUCCUCACAGAUCUCCAAAAUAUGGCAGACUGUUAUGAAUAGCGAACACUGUGAUUGGUCCAAUUUAAAAUUUCCAUUAUAACGACUACAUGACGACAGCGAAAUAGCAAACAUAUAUUUCAUUGUUGCUCGCAUUUUUGCAAGAUUUUGUAAAUUUCAAGAAAGAAAGGGCGAAAGAAUCGGCUAAAAGAAGGGAGCCGACGUUAACGAAGGUAAGUUUGUUUUAAAUAUUGAUUUUAUAAUUGCUUUAAAACCCAACGGCCUUUGCGUAUUUGACACAAAUAAACAAUACAGCAUAUAAUUUCAUUGUAUCUUUAAUAUUGAUUCCCUUUUUUAUUAUAUUGAAUUUUUUACAAAAAAAAAGAAAACAAAGUUAUUUGCAUGCGAGAAUUUGAAAUCAUUUUAUUGCAAACUCAAAGUUUAUCGAUAAAGCCAAUUAAUUAAAUGCAGUUUUAUAGUUUUAUAAAGAACACUUUAAAACGGUUUGCGAAGCGUUUGUGGUGCUUAAAUUUUACAUCAAAUUGAAGCUUAAUUACAUAUAAUACCAUACCUGACAUAUAUACGGGGUGUAUAAAAAAAAGUAAGACAAUUUUGAAAUUGCUCUCAAUUCCACAAUUCUGUUCAUGAAAUGUAAUUUUUUAUAUGUAUGGAUUGCUUGAGUUCUUAAAUUAUGGAAAAUAUAAAAAAAAUUAAAAAUAGUAAAUUUUGUUAUCCAGGGGGGUGUUCAACUUUUGCUCUCCCUAAAGUGGCUUGCACACGGAAAUGACAAACGGUAUUCUUUAUUUGAGUUCAUGUAUGAAAAGUUCGCAAUCUGUUGCAUUUAUGAUAAAAUUUCGGCAGGAUUUUACCGAGCACAAAUACUUCGAAAAGCCAAUGAAAACGUGACAUUUUUCUCUGUUGGUGCUGUUCUUGCUACAUUAUGAGUUCAUUUUUACUCGCAUGAGAGUUCCAUGGAAUUUCCAUGGAAUUUGUGCUUUCGAGUUGUUUGUGCUAAAACGCAUUCUCUCGUAUAAUACCCCGUACACUUUGAAAUGGCGAUGCCACAAUUUACCCCGCAGCAGAGAGCUUUUAUGAUAUCAGAAUUCCUCCAUAGCAACAACAUAAACUUGGUUCGCCAAAGUUUCACGAACAAAUAUCCAGAUGUACGAUGCCCUUCACGUAUUCGCACGUGAAGGGCAUCGUACAUAUGGAUAUUCUUCGGAUCCCUUUCGCGACUUCCUGACGCGGUUCCAGUCAAGGUUCCUGGCGCUGAGGACAAGGCUACUGGUGCUGAUUACAAGAUUCCUGACGCAGAGGACAAGGUUCCUGUAGCUGAGGACAAGGCUCCUGGCGCUGACGACAAGGUUCCUGGCGCUGAGAACAAGGUUUCUGGCGCUGGAUACAAUGUACGAGGCGCCGAGGUCAAGAUUCCUGCCGCUGAUGAUUAGGUUCCGGGCGAUAAGGACAAGGCUCCUGCCGCUGAGGGCAAGGUUCCUGGCGCUGUGUACAAGGUCCCUGGCGCUGAGGAGAAGGUUCCUGGCGUUGAGAACAAGGUUCUUGUCGCUGAGGACUAGGUUCCUGCCGAUGAGUACAAGGUUCCUGUCGCUGAGGACAAGGUUCCUGGCGUUAUGAACAAGGUUCCUACCGCUGAAAACAAGGUUCCUGGCGCUGAGAACAAGGCUGCUGGCGCUGAUGACAAGGUUCCUGGCGCUGACGACAAGGCUCCUGGCGUUGGAGACAAGGUUCCUGUCGCUGAGGACAAGGUUCCCGCCCCUGAGGAUAAGGUUCCUCGCGCUGAAGACAAGGUUCUUGCCACUGAGGACAAGGUUCCUGCCGAUGAGGACAAGGUUCCUGGCGUCGAGGUCAAGGUUCCUGCCGCUGAUGACUAGGUUCCGGACGCUGAGGACAAGGUUCCUGGCGCUGUGUACAAGGUCCCUGGGGCUUAGGAGAAGGUUCCUGGCGUUGAGGACAAGGUUCUUGUCGCUGAGGACUAGGUUCCUGCCGAUGAGUACAAGGUUCCUGUCGCUGAGGACAAGGUUCCUGGGGUUAAGGCAAAGGUUCCUGCCGCUGAGGAAAAGGUUCCUGCCGCUGAAUACAAGGUUCCUGGCGCUGAUGACAAGUUUCCUGGCGCUGAAGACAAGGUUCUUGGCGCUCAGGGCGAGGUUCUUAUCGCUGAGGAAUAGGUUCAUGCCGAUGAGUACAAGGUUCCUGUCGCUGAGGACAAGGUUUCUAGCGCUGAGGACAAGGCUCCUGGCGCUGAUGAGAAGUCAUCUGGCGCUGAGGAAAAGACUUCUGGCGCUGAGGAAAAGGCUUUUGACACUGAGAACAAGGUUCCUUCCGCUGAGGACAAGGAUCCUGGCGGUGAGGAAAAGAGUCCUGGCACUGAGCACAAGGGUCCUUGCGCUGAGGACAAGGCUCCUGGCGCUAAUGACAAGGUUCCUGGCGCUGAGUACAAGGCUCCUGGCGUUGGAGACAAGGUUUCUGUCGCUGAGGACAAGGUUCCUGGCGCUCUGGACAAGGUUACAGGGGCUGAGGACAAGGUUUCUGCCGCUGAUGACAAGGUUCCUGCCGCUGAGGACAAAGUUCCUGUCGCUGAGGGCAAGGCUCCUGGCGCUGAGGACAAGGCUCCUAUCGCUGAAGAGAAUGCUUUUGGCGCUGAGGAAAAGGCUUCUGGCGCUGAGGAAGGGUUUCUGGAACUGAGAACAAGGCUCCUGGCGCUGAGGAAAAGAGUCCUGGCGCUGAGGAAAAGGGUCCUGGCGCUCAGCAGAAGGCUCCUGGCGAUGAGGACAAGACUCCGGGCGCUGAGGACAAGGCUCCUGGUGCUGAUGACAAGGCUCCUGGCGCUGAGGACAAGGCUCAUGGCGCUGAUGGCAGGAGCCGCUGAGGACAAGGUUCCUGGCGCAGAUGACAAGUUUCCUAGCACUGAGGACAAGGUUACUGGGGCUGAGGACAAGGUUCCUGCCGCUGACGACAAGGUUCCUGCCGCUGAGGACAAGGUCCCUGUCGCUGAGGACAAGGUUCCUGGCGCCGAAGAGAAGGCGUCUGGCGCUGAGGAAAAGGCUUCUGGCGCUGAGGAAAAGGCUUUUGACACUGAGCACAAGGUUGCUGCCGCUGAGGACAAGAAUCCUGGCGCCGAGGAGAAGGGUCCUGGCACUGAGGAAAAGGCUCCUGGCGCUGAGCACAAGGCUCCUUGCGCUGAGGAGAAGGCUCCUGGCUCUGAUGACAACGCUCAUGGCGCUUAG